AUGACUUCAGUAAAUUUUGCUAAAGGUAAAAUCUACGGUGUAUUACGAGCAUGUGUGAUUGCUGAUAAUGGUGAAAAUCAUUCACAUAAAACCGGUGAAAGUCAUUAUAAUUUAUUAUCUGUUGAUAAUGGACAAAGUCAAACACCAGAACAAUAUCAAAUUAAUAUAGAUAUUCAAUCACUUCCAUCGGCUAAUGUUAAAUGUAUUUCAAUCGAUCCAUUUAUAAGUUCAUCAAUAGCAUUUUCUACUAUUCCUUUUGGUUUUACACCAUUAGAAUCCAAUGAUAGUGAUACAUUAGCAUUAGAUUUUAUACGACGACCUAUAUUUGAUUUAAAUCUUCUUGUUCAAUCUCAAGCAUUAACUGCUGAUGAAAUCGCAGAUAAACUUGAUGUUUAUUUAAAAUAUGAUAAACCAAAUGUAAUUGUAUUUGGAACAAAAUAUGAUGAUCAACAUAUUUUAGAAGAUAAUCAUUAUGGAAUGCAACGUACAAUCAAAGAAAAUAAACCACCACGUGGUAUAGAUGAUAUUCAUAUGAAUCAAAUUGUUGGUAAAGAUGGUCAUGCUUAUCAAGAUGGAGCUUUAUUUAUUCAAAAAGAUAAUCAAGAUAAUACCUAUGCUGCUUUCUUUUUCUGUUUUGAUAAUCAGUGUCAAUCAGAAGAAUUAUCAAAAUAA